CAGGGGCGGACUGACUAUUUGGGAACCCGGGCACUGCCCGAGGGCCCGGGGUCAGUAGGGGGGCCCAUGAAGUGCCCCUGGUACCUUUCAUAGGCUUUUUUGGUUUGGGCAAGGACACAGGGGCCCCAUGAUCCCCUAUUGCCCGGGGCCCCAUGAGUUGUCAGUCCGCCCCUGUUCAAAUCUAUGCUUUUUUGAGCUGCUGUAUUUUUGGACUUUUUUGCAGUGGUGUAAAGUGUCCCUUAGGAUUUAAAGGGAAACAUUUUUGCUGUGUUUUGAAUUUGGGCAAGGACACAGGGGCCCCAUGAUCCCCUAUUGCCCGGGGGCCCCAU